ACGAGCAGCUCACUGAAACACAGUAUCUGGUGCGGAGCCUGCAGGGCGGCCGCGACUACGCGUUCCGGGUGUACGCGCACACGUCGACCGGCUUCAGCUCGAGCGCCGAGUUCAAAUACAGCAUGUCGGACCGGAUCCAGAAGAAGGCGAUCACUGCGGCGCUGGUCGGCGGCUUGCUCCUGCUCAUCGUCUCCAUCAUCCUCUCGGUGUGCACCGUCAAAAUAUGCAACAAGCGCAAACGAAGGAAACAAGAGAAAGAGUACAACAUGGUGGCGUGUCGCGUCACGGAGGCGCGCAACGGUCUGCAUAGUCCUGUGCCUUUGAAGAAGUACGUGCGCCGAGUACCGCGUCUGAUUCGGCACGCCAGCCAGCUGCUGUGGCGACCGCGGCCGUCCACCGGCCUCUCCCAGAGUCUGAUCGACGACCUGGACCUGACGCCGCGCCGCGCCAAAACCGUCUACAGCGUCGAGAUGGAGUACAGCCAGCCACUGGCCUGGAUCACCCGCACCCCCGACGGUCGCUUCGUCGUCAACGGCGACGACGACGGCGGCUUCCUGACCGACUCCGGCGAGCGGCGGCGGCGCCGGCAGCUGCAGUCGCGGCCGCAGCCGCUGCGAACGGGAAUCUAUCACGUGGAGCGCGGCCGGCGCUCCCCAGAGCCGACGCCGGUGCCGGCCGGCCGCCGGGUGAGCCACGGCUUCGGCCGCCACCAGAUCCCCGAGCAGGCGCCGGCCGUGUCGCCGCACGUGGCCCUCUCGCCGGACGGUCGCCGGUUCCGCGCCUCGUCGCCCGGCCCGCUGGGAGGCCAGCUGGGCCCGUUCGACUUCUCCGACCUGAGCUCGGUGCAGGUGCCCGGCUCUGUUGGAGCGAACGUUCCCCAGCACAGUGCUGUCGUCGCCUGUCGCAGCUGCAGACGCCCAGCUUCCCGGGAGCGCCAGGCGGGCCCGCAGGAGACGCCGCGCGCCGGCACGCACUUGCCGGCGUACCUGCCGCCGCCCGCCUACUUGGCGCCCCCGCAACCGCUCGACAUCUCCGUUGAUGACCACUACGAGUUCGACCCGGUGCUGACGCCGGGCACGGAGUCGCCGGGCGGCGCGCCGCCAUUGACCCGUUCCCGGCCGCGACCCGUGCCCGAGAUGGAGGCUCGUGUGCAGGCAAUGCGCCAGGAGUUUCAGCAGUACCGGCAGCGGCGCGCCCGGCGGCACCGCUCUGGCGACGAGCCCAUCACCGAGACGGUCUGUUGA